AUGGAGCUUGCGGUGCCCGCACCUGCAGCCGCAGCCUCAAUCGGUCAUGGGAUUCUAUCUCUGACUGGAGCACCUCAAGAUCCAUUUGAGAGGCUAGAUGCGACCAUGGAGCCGACUCCUGAAUGGGUGCAUUUGCGCGGAGUGUUAGAAGAGAACCCCGCGUCCGUGCGCAACAUCAUUUCGCUUGCUUUGCUGAAGGAGGUUGCGCGCUCUUUUCAAAACGUGGCUGGUCAGCUUCAGGCCAUGAGAGAAAUCAAGGAGCAGUUUGAGAGGCUGCUUGAAUCUGAAGAGGCUGCUUCCUUGGAGCAUUUGAUGCGUGACAUUCCCCCCUCCGACAUCCAUGCCUUGGAAAGGGAAGCUUGCGGCAUCAAUGAAGACAGCAGGACUUUGAGGUCUGCUUUGGAGACUGGGGACAUCAGCGGCUUGCACAGCAGGGCAAAGCGUAUGGCUAACAAAGCCAGGCGAUUCAGGGAGAAGCAUGCACGGCUUCGUCCCAGCUUGGACAAGCUGCAGCGUGGACUGAUGGACAUUGCCAGCAAGUGUGCAGAAAAAGCACAGAGAUCAGACGAACUGAUAGCAGAAGUGGAGCAAAGGAAGGACUUUUGGUGGAACCUUCUGGUUGUGGCCAAUUGCCUUGCAUUGCUUGGUGGUGCGGGCUUCAUCAUAUGUCUACUGCCCACCACAUGCCUUUCACUGGUACAUUUGCUGGCCAAAAGCUGGGCGAUCGGUAAAGCCAAAGUCUUGUUAUCUACAGCGAAAGCCUUCGCAACCAAAACAGCAGCUGCAGCAACAACGAAAGCAGCCGCAGCCCAAACUGCUCAGGCAACUGCUGCCACCACCAAAGCUGCCUUGGCAACAGCUACAGCAAAGGCUGAGACAGCCAAGCAUUUAGCUUCUUCCUUGGGCACAGCUGCGGCAGCAGAAGGUGCUGCAGGCACAGCUGCAGCAGUUGGAGCUGGUGUCGCUGCUGGUGGUGCAGCGAGUGUCGCUAGCAUCGGAGCCCCUGCCGCAACCUUCUUGGGCUCACAGAUGCUUGGCAGCCUUGGCGUGUCGCUGGGUUUGAUGUCAACACCUGCAGCUCCAAUUGGCGUGGUCCUGGGAUCAGGAGCCGCCGCGGCCGCGGCUGUCAAGCUUAUUUGGGAAAGUGUCACAAGUGUAGAUACAGCUGCAGCGCUCAACGCCGCACAAGCAGCAACAUCAGCUGUUGCUCAGCAGCAGGCCGCGGAACAAGCAGCAAACGCUGCUGCUGCUGCCGCCAUGGAAGCGGGGCAGGCUGCUAGUGAAGCAUCCCAGGCAGCAUCCCAGGCUGCAGCUGCUUUGAAUGACGCUGCUGAUUCUGUGUCUGCCCUGGAGGCGGCCAUAUCUUCCUUGUCAGCCACAGUGACAGCAGACGCUACUUUCCUCUUCGGUGGGUUUCUGCUGAUGGCCUUGGUCCUGCUAGGAUAUGCAGGUCGAGACCUGGUGAAGACGCUCUUGGGACGGCUGUGGGCUGCUGAGAUCGAAGAGCACCGCCGGCAUAAGGCUACCUUUCAACACAUGGAGCAGGUCAUUCGCAAGGCGGCAGAUCAAUUGCUGAUGGUUUACAAAAAGAAUAAAGCCCUUGAGUCUUGCUUGGACAUAGUGGUGGAAGUUGCUGAGGACCUUGCAGCAAAGGCAGAAGAUGCCUUGGAGGCCAGAUCUGAGGAGAAGGAAGCUGAAAUGGCAACACUGCACGAGCAAGUCGAGCAACUUUGCACCCUGUACGAGAAUGUGCCUAGGGCAAUGGAAGUGUUCCAUCAUUCCGUGCGUGAGCUCGGCCCAGCUGCCGAGCAUAUUCAAUCUUUUGCUUACGGAUCUGGAGCGCAUGAGCCUCCCCAGGAAGGCCGAUUGCUUGAAUUGACCUUUUCUGCCACUGACCAAAACCCAGUGCAAGAAUAUGCUGUCAAUGCAGUUGACCAGGAUUCCCAAGCUGAAGGACAAGUACAAGUAUUCUUUUCUGACAGCGAGGUUGAUGAGGACGAGGGCUGGAUUCUGAUCAAGUCAUCAUCGUUGCCGCUGCCUUUGAGGUCUCCUUCCGCAUCUGACUGCUUACCGAGCAGCACAUACAUUUUGGUGCCAGUGAUGCAGGCUGCUCAGCUGGGAGCUCUCUUCGCAGCAGGGCCCAGCAGGGACGAGAUCAUCAAAGUCAGUGCGCAGGGAUCAGCUGCUCGGCUCAUGCGGAAUUUCUGCAUUGGUGGCUCUGCAUCGCAUGACUUCACAGCUGAUCAUCCACUGCGAGUGAUGAGAUCAGGCAACUGGAUCCAGGAGCAGGCGUCAACUGUACGAGUUGGAGAUAUCCUCAACACUUCUGAUGGCAUGAAGAAGGUCGAGUCCACGCGCGCUCCUCGCAUGAGUUCUGAACAGGUCUUCAGCCUGGACAUCCAGCAGGGUGGAGAGGUGUAUGUGUUCACGCCGACUUCAAAUCCAGAUGGCCAGUUGUCUUGGAGUGGCGUGGCAGUGUUGGGUCAUGUGGAAAAGACCCAAAGAAGUUGUUCUGCUCCACCUCUCUCGAAAAGGCCAUCCCGCGGCUCAUGGCUUUGCAAGGGGAAAGCUCGCUGCUCCAACAUUUGCCGCCUCUUCCAACGAGGCAAAUGUGUCGAUGGCGAGGACUGCCGCUUCUGCCACUUCCCCCACGCUGAGGAGCCCAAGCGCCAACCAAGAGCUCGCGACAGUGGAAGCAGCCAAGGUGCCUGA